UCCAAAGAGCCAAGCCCAAAAAACCCACCAUUUCUCCUACUUUUAGACUUCCCCUCGUCUUCCUUUCUGUUGCUUCUCUUUUGGGUUUACUUGAAAUUUUUUUUUUUUUUGCUUUUAUGAAUAUAUUUUAUUCUUCUGUUAUCUCUGUGCCAAUAAUUUGGUGGUGAUGAAAAGUAUGGGUAGCAUGGGUUGGUGAGAGAGAAUAAAUGCUUGUAGUUCACAGACAAAGCCAAGGCCCUACCCUUACAUGGUGGUGAGUGAACCAAGACUACAGUGGGGGAGUUUUCAAGUUCUCUUCUUUUUCUUUAUAUCAGAGUUUAACGCUUAAAACAAAAGAAAAAUGGGAGGGGAGAGAAGAGAGAGAUAGUUGUAAUGAAAAGAGCAGAGCCUCGAGGUAGAAAGAAAUGCACAUGCACGUGGUUCAGCUUCUGUUGGUGGCAACCGUAUAGAUAUAAAUAUUUGCAUAUCGUUAUUAAAUUGGCUCACCUGUUUUCCUUUCCAGCAAAGGCACCUUCUCCAUAUUUGUUCUCACUUGUCUCCAUUUUCAUUGCAUUUUUCUCCCAUGCUUUGCUGCUAGCCCUUUUUCAACUCUCUUUCUUUUGUCUAGACCUGGAAGAGAAUUUUAGCUCAAACCCAGAAAGAAGAAAAAGGUGAGAUCUUUGGUUCUGACUUCCGAGUCUUUGGUUCAUUGAGGGGAGAGUGUGUUAAAAGGGGGUAGCUUUGUUGUUUUUUAUGAGCAAAUGUAUGUAAAAUUUGAGAGCUUGUUGAGUGUUUGUGAGAGAAAGGAAGUGAAAAAUGUUGCUGUUCUGCCAUGAUCGUGAUGUUUUGUCUUUGGUACUCAAGAUUUUUACGAGUGCAAACAACGAGCUUUGCAAUUGGAAGAAGAGGAGCAGAUCUUCUUUGAAUCUGAUUCAAUAAUGCCAAACGGGUAGACUCAAUUUUCUGUGUUUCGAGCAUGAGAAGGAUCCAUCAAUUUAUUGUUUCCCAUGCUUUGCUCUUCCUGAUUCUUGCUUCUUUUGGAAUCAGAAUCCUCACCAUUUCUCUAGCAGCAACUGAAAAGGAAAUCUUGCUCCAAUUUAAAGGGAACAUCACUGUUGAUCCUUACAAAAGCUUGGCUUCCUGGGUCUCAAGUGGUAACCCUUGUGUAGAUUUCAGUGGUGUGUUCUGUAAUCCAGAGGGAUUUGUGGACAAGAUUGUUUUGUGGAACACUAGCCUCAGUGGACAACUGCCAGCUGCCUUGUCAGGUUUAAGCUUUCUCAGAGUCUUGACAUUGUUUGGCAACAGGUUUUCAGGCAAUAUCCCGCAAGAAUAUUCGCUGUUACAAACAUUAUGGAAGAUCAAUGUGAGUUCAAAUGCAUUAUCUGGUUCCAUACCAGAUUUCAUUGGUGAUUUACCUAACAUUAGAUUUCUUGAUUUUUCUAACAAUGGUUAUACUGGAGAGAUUCCAUUUGCUUUGUUUAGGAAUUGUUACAAAACAAAGUAUGUUUCUUUUUCCCAUAACAGUCUUUCGGGUUCCAUUCCGGAGUCCAUUGUGAAUUGUAGUAAGCUUGAAGGGUUUGAUUUCUCGUUCAAUAAUCUUACUGGUGAAUUACCUUCUCGAAUUUGCGAAAUCUCAGUAUUGAGGUAUGUAUCUGUUGGUAGCAAUGCAUUAAGUGGUACUGUGCUCGAAGAGAUGUCAAGAUGCCAAAGCUUGCUGUAUUUGGAUCUUAGCAGAAAUUUAUUCACAGGGUUGGCACCACUAGGGGUUCUUGAAUUUAAGAAUACUUCUUAUUUCAAUGUCUCACAUAACGGGUUUUUUGGUGAGAUUCCUGAGAUUGGAACCUGUAGUCAGUCAAUGGAAUUUAUUGAUGCUUCAUGGAAUAGUUUGGAGGGGGAGAUCCCAACAAGCAUUUCAAACUGUAAAAGCCUCAAAGUAUUAGACUUGGGGUUCAACAGGCUUAAUGGGACCAUACCAGUUAAUAUUGGGGAUUUGGGUAGGAUUUUGGCAAUUAGUUUGGCUAAUAAUUCACUGAGUGGGACAAUCCCCACUGGAUUUGGGAGCAUUGAGUUGCUACAGGUCUUGGAUUUGCACAAUCUCGACCUUUCCGGUGGAAUUCCUGAUGAGAUAAGCAAUUGCAGGUUUCUUCGUGAACUGGAUGUUUCUGGAAAUACUCUGGAGGGACAAAUUCCUGAUACCCUUUACAACAUGUCAAACCUGGAAAUCCUUGACUUGCAUCACAACCAGCUUAAUGGAAGUAUCCCCUCUAGUCUGGGGAACUUGUCGAAAAUCCAAUUUCUUGAUCUCUCACAGAAUUUACUUUCUGGGUCAAUCCCCCCUUCACUUGGGAAUUUGAAUAUGUUAACACAUUUUAAUCUUUCCUACAACAAUCUCUCUGGUAUCAUUCCUAAUGUUCAAACCAUCCAGUCCUUUGGUGCAUCAGCAUUUUCUAACAAUCCUGGGCUCUGUGGUUCCCCCUUGACAUCCUGUUCAGGAAGUGGCACGCCCUCCACAUCUGGUAAAACGAAGGUCCUUAGUGUUUCUGCAAUUGUUGCAAUUGUUGCUGCAGCUGUGAUCCUUACAGGGGUUUGUGUGGUAACCAUCAUGAACAUCAGGGCACGCAGCAGUAAAAAGGAGGAAGUGACAGUGGUUGUUGAGAGCACACCACCAGGUUCAUCAGAUUCAAAUCUUAUAAUUGGGAAGUUGGUCCUCUUUAGCAAAAGUUUGCCUUCUAAAUAUGAAGAUUGGGAAGCUGGCACCAAAGCUUUGCUUGACAAGGAGUGUCUAAUAGGUGGUGGGUCGAUUGGAACAGUCUACAGAACUAGCUUUGAAGGUGGCAUCUCCAUUGCAGUAAAGAAGCUUGAGACUCUAGGUAGAAUUAGAAACCAAGAUGAAUUUGAGCAAGAAAUUGGACGCCUAGGUAACCUCCAUCAUCCCAAUUUGGUUGCUUUUCAAGGUUACUACUGGUCCUCAACAAUGCAGUUGAUUCUGUCUGAAUUUAUUCCAAGUGGAAAUCUCUAUGAUAACCUUCAUGGACUAAAUUACCCUGGUACUAGUACAGGUGUUGGUAAUACUGAACUAAAUUGGUCUAGAAGGUUUCAUAUUGCCCUUGGAACUGCAAGAGCACUUUCUUACCUUCACCAUGAUUGUAGACCUCCAAUUCUCCAUCUCAACAUCAAAUCGACUAACAUACUCUUAGAUGAGAAGUACGAGGCCAAAUUAUCUGAUUAUGGAUUGGGAAAACUGCUUCCGAUUUUGGAUAACUAUGGUUUAACUAAAUUCCAUAAUGCAGUUGGAUAUGUUGCACCAGAGUUGGCUCAAAGUUUGAGACUUAGUGAGAAAUGUGAUGUGUACAGCUUUGGAGUAAUUCUUUUAGAACUGGUAACUGGGAGGAAACCAGUAGAGAGUCCAACACUGAAUGAGGUGGUGAUUUUGUGUGAAUAUGUUAGAGGAUUGUUGGAGAGGGGCUCUGCUUCAGAUUGCUUUGAUAGAAGAUUGCAUGGUUUCGCAGAAAAUGAAUUAAUACAGGUUAUGAAGCUGGGGUUGAUCUGUACAUCAGAGAUUCCUUCAAGGAGACCCAGCAUGGCUGAGGUUGUUCAAGUUCUGGAGUCCAUCAGAACUGGUAUGGAAUCAUAGUGAUAAAAGUUGCAAUGGGUUUGCUGGACCAUGUAGAGAGUCAAGAUAUAUUUUUGGAGCAAAGUUCAAAGAAAUGGUAGUCUAGCUGGAAGGGGAUGUGAUUAAUUGUUCAAAGGAAGCAGAGUUGCUGAUUAGGGUAAAAAAGAAUAGACCAGAAAAACAAAAAGAUCAUUCUUUUGUAUUCAUUUUGCGAUUACCAUCAUUGAUUUGUUCCUAUAUUUGUAAUUUUGUGCAAUAAAAAGUAUUCAUUUACAUGUA